AUGAGCCUGAGCCUAAACUAAGGUAUAAGAUUACAAGGUGAAACAAAAUGCUUGUUCAGAUCGUUUUGGUUGAUAAGCAAGGAGUAGCACGCAAAUGACACCCAUGGAGCAGGUGUAUGCAAAUAGCCUAGGGAGAGACAGUACAUUCCUAUCACACAGUCAUAUUUAUGUACAUGAAUCCAAGUUGCACAACACAAGUUCCUUAUGAGUGGAAGGGGGAAAGUGCCACAACCAUGAGUUUCUUUGAAAAAUUGAAAAACUUACACUGUGGACCUCCUGCUCCACCCAAAAGAACAGAUAUCAGUGCAGGGUGUGGUUGGUCCGAGGAUGAAUUAGGUGAGGAAGAUGGUGAUACAUAUGAAGCUCCCCCUUGCGAGCGACCUACCAUAAAGGUUCAGCAUCGGCAUGUAGAAGAGAAUGUAUACCUUGGCUACCCUGAGAGGCCACCAUACUCCACAAAUCCCCAAAGACAGGCAGCACCACCACCACGACCAGCCAAGAUCACAUCAAAAAUGAAAUCGCCUAAGCUGCUACCUGAGCAAGAGGAGUUCUACAGUGAUUCCAACAAUAGAAAAUGUCCUGAUGUCUCCCAUGAUGAUUGGGCUGGUAAGAAAUUGGCCCCUAGGAAGAGCCCUCCAGCAAUACCUGUUCCUAACCUAGAAGAAGAUGUUUACUUGGAUCCAAAUGAAGGACAGAGUGAGAGAGAACAUAUACAUGAUAUAUAUGUGGAACCUACAGCAGCAUGUCCCCCUGUACCCCGUGGUGUUCGCAUGCUUCCACCCAAAACAAUAGCGAGAGAUCUUCCUCUACCUGUUAUGAAACCACCUGUCCCUAGAGCCAAAUCCAACUCUCUUAUCACCAAAGACUCACUGAAAGCAGAAUCACUGCCAGAUGUGAAGAUCCACACUAUUCCUGACCAUGUACCAUCACCAAUCCAAAACAUCAGACCUCCUCUUGCUAUUGAGGUCAUAAAAGAUGCCAAGCCCAGCUCAUCCAUUUCUCCUGCAGCAGACAGUACUGCACCAGUGACACACCCUGGAGAACAGGAAAUGGGACUGCAGGGCAGAGAGUGGUUUGCUGGGAUAUGUGGACGCAAAACUGCAGAGGACACCUUAAUGAAAGUUAAUAAGGAUGGCUCCUUCAUGGUCAGGUGCAGCACGGCUCAGAAUGCACGACAACCAUUUACUCUAGUUGUGCUUUUUAAUCAGAAAGUCUACAACAUUCCUGUGCGCUUUCUCAAGGACUCGUGCAGCUACGCCCUGGGCAAAGAGGGAAAGAAAUGUGAAGAGCUAUUUGGCAGUCUGCAGGAGAUGAUUUCUCACCACAAGGAUAACCCCCUUUUGCUGAUUGACAGCAAGAGUCAGGCCAAACACACCACCUACCUCACACAUCCUGUACACCUGUAACACACCAACAUACAUGCAGAUGUGUACACAGUAUCCAUACUCUGACAUAAAUAUUUGGGUCAUUUGCUUUCAAUAUCACACUCAUAAACAUAUGUUCUGUAGAUCUAUGCAUUACAAUUUACCCCUGUUUAUUUUCACAAUUUGAGUGCACAUAAUAGUUAUUUUAAGUUUAAUUUUGUAACUGAAAUUACUUGCUUGCAUUUAAUGCAAUUACUUAAAUAACUAGAGUAAAACAAUUUAUUUAAGUAAUUGCAGGAAAACAAUUAACUAACUUCUCUAGUGAUCUAGUGAUUCUUCUUACAUGUCCUAGCACAAAUGCUUGUAACGCUGUUGUUUAGUUAGGAUUUAUUAGGGGUCCAUUCACCAAAGGUGUGAAAACUCUACUGGUUUUGUUAGGAUUUUUAGGUUGAAUAUUUACAAUUUCAUGAAUCAAAACACCAAUUUUGGAGGAAAGGUGCAGUAUGCCACCCACUACUCAAGCUAGUGCUCCUGCAAGUCAGGAUUGGAAUUUUACAAUAAGGUUUUGUAAUUUUACAAUUUUACAAAAAUUCUUGGCUCUGUAGAUUCUUUGGUUCAAACAAAAUUAAACAAUAUGCCUGCCACAUGUUGUACUCUUCAUAUUUCCAAAUUAAAACAAGUACAUCUCUUACAGCACAUAACUUGUGAGUAUAUAAUUGGGCUCAUAUGAUGCAUCUCUCUGAGAAUGACAAUUUAUCCAAUAUAAGCUUUUCAUUGGAUUGUCUCAAAAUUGCUCUUGGCAAUGUGCAGAUGCUAAAGCUAUCUUAAAUUCUAAAGAUAUCUUAAAGCUACUUAUCACAGAAUGUUGUGGUUAUAACACUUUGACUUCAACACGUCAGUCAGUGUGGUUUGGGCAUUUCUCUUUGCUAAAAAAAUCUUGAAUUGUCUGAUUUUGUUCGGCUUUAGAACAUUAAUAUAUAUGGAUGCAUGCUAAAUUUGGUUACAUUCAGCCUCUGGGGGGUGCUUAAUGCUCUAUUUUGUGCUCUAUUCGUUAAAAUUUUUCUUUUUAACAGAAGAAAAUGCUAAUGGUGUCAAAUUACACAACUCCUUAAGUGUCAUUGUGUCACCAAUACAUAAGUUUACCACAUACCACACAGUUGUUGCUCAGACCCCGAUGACUGCAGCUUGUAAGGAAUAUUUUUAAUCAAUCAAAUUAUAAUCCAAUCAUGUAUAAUCAAUGUAUGCAAUAUGAGAGUAUUCAUGUAUGUUAAUCAAGGAAACUAGGACAACUGAUGUAACUCUAGCUUUUUGUUUAACUCUUUGUUUGUAUCUUAUUCUUCCUAGCUUGCUAACUUAUGUCAUGUCAUUUCUUAACUUAGGUCAUUUCUCCUCUGUAUCUUUUUUCACCAGCUUGGUAGUUGUGAUUUCUUAGCAUGCAUUGUUAAGAAUUAUGAUUAAAAUUAAUCAGUUUGUUGUUACAUAUUUAUGAUGGAAUGUUGUUGUGUUCAGUUAAUACUGUUGGAUGGUAAAUGCCACUAGGGGGAGGUGUUGUAUGAUGUGGAGAACUGGAUGCACAUAAGGAAGAAGAAAAAGGAGUUCUUGGGAAUGCAGUGUUAAAGUAAAGUGCCAUGUGUGUUACCCGGGUGUAAUCUUGCUUGAUUUAUGUGACUACACAACAAACUGGCGACGAGGAUGGCAGUUAAUCUUCCUCCUACAUACUUACAGUGUCCUGGCAAACCUACAGUUCCAUUCGGAAUAUGGACACAAAUGUUUGAGAACUACCUGUUAGCGAUUCAUGCAGAGGGAGAUGACCGGCCUGAUACUCGUAAGCGUGCUACAUUGCUUUACUGCCUCGGAACAGAAGCACAGAGAGUUUUCUACACUCUUCCUAACACCAGUACGAUUUAUGCAUAUGCACUUACAGCUCUCAGGGUGCACUUUGUAAAUGUCAUUGCGGAGCGACAUAAAUUUCACCAAAGGGAGCAAAGGCAUGAUGAAAAUAUUGUGCAGUAUGUGGCUGCGCUUCAUGAUAUGGUGUCAUUAUGUGCAUUUGGUGAUAAAGAAGAUGAAAUGCUGAGAGAUCAAAUCGUUGAGAAAGUGUACAGCAGUCGAAUUCGUGAACAUUUAUUGCUUGAAGCGGAUUUAACGUUAGACCGAGCAAUACAAGUUGCAAUACAAGUGGAAAAUUCAGUGGCUAAUGCGAGUGAAUUUGGGAAGCCUGCUGAAUUAUCACUUCAGAGACUUCAUGUGAGAAUAAAAAGAAACGAACGUGCAUAGAGGCACACAAGAAAAGCAUCCAAGUCGAAUGAAAGUACACUCGGAACGCAAAUUCUACCAUUGUGAUUCCAGCAGUCAUUUAACAAAUUCCAAGCAGUGCCCAGCUCUAAACAAGACCUGUAAAUCAUGCUGCAAAAUUGGACAUUUUGCUAAAGUGUGCCGCUCCGGAUGGACACAGAACAUCUGAGAAAUUGAAGUUCCUGAACUGACUGUUUUGUACAUGACUAGCACACCAACUCCUGCAAACAAAAUUGUGUGUAACAUUGAAGUGAGCACA